AUGCGUCGCAGUGACAAAAGACAAGAUACAAAGCUUGGGGGAUGCCAUCCUGACCACACUAGUGCACGUGCCCUCAUGGAUGUACAGGAUCCCAAGGAUGAGGAGGGAGCAGCAGCCACUGCAUCCUCUGCAUCCUCUUCCUCCUGUGCUUUACUUGGGGCUACAUCAAGGAAAGAACCUGAGUGUGGAUCACCAAGUUGUCCUCAGGAUCCUAAGAGCUCCUUUCCCCCCACUGCUGUGGCUUCCAAUGUAGGCAGUCAGUCUUGUGAGGGCUCCAUCAGAGACGAUGAUGGUCCAAGUACAUCACAGGGGAAGGAAGCCCCUCGAGUCAGGCAGAGUGUGUUUGUAAAUGAAAAAUUAGAUGAUAUUUUGCUGUUUCUGCUCCAAAAGUAUCAAAAGAAUGAGCAGAUCAGUCCAGAAGAAAUGCUGCACAUUCUGGGCGGUGAUUACAGUGAUCACUUCCCUCUGAUAUUUAGGGAACUCUGUCAGUGUAUGCGUUUGGGCUUUGGCAUUAUUAUGAGGGAAGUGGGUUCCCCUGGCCUUGCAUAUGAACUUGUCCCUGUCUUGGGGCUCACUUUUAGUGGGAUGCUGGAUGAUGUUGACCAGAUUAUUCCUAAAGCGAACCUCCUGAUACUCGUCCUGAGUGUCAUCUUCCUAAAGGGCAACCGAAUCAGUGAAGAGCACUUAAGGGAAAUUCUGAGAUUUAAGAAGAUGUUAGCUGAGAGGGAUCAUGUUAUUUUUAGGGAGCCCUGGAAAUUCAUCACAGAGGAUUUGGUUCGGGAGGAGUAUCUGGUGCGCCAGCGGAUUCCUAACAGUGAUCCUGCUCGCUAUGAGUUCGUGUGGGGUCCAAGGGCCCAUGCUGAAACCACCAAUCUGAAAGUUCUGGAGCAUGUAUUCGUGCUUGAAUGUUCAGAUCCCAGGUCUUUCCAGCAUUUCCAUGAGUAA